UUGAUUUACCAGAUAAUGCGUCAUAUUUUUACAGGUCCUUCCACUGCUUUAGGUGACGACUCGCGCGCUACGCGAUCAUGCAAUGCAUCCCUGCACGAUAUGUCUACUGUUGAGGCGGAACAUAUAGCAUACGCUUGUGUUCAGGCACGCUUCGCAAUCAGUAAUAAAAACAAAUGGGCCGAAGCCGACGGUGAAUUCAAUUACUGGGCCUUUUACUACAACAUUAUCGACUUUAUUCAUGAGUGCGAGGAUCGAGAUUGGGCGCAGGGACUUCUUAAAUGGUGGAACAAGUAA